AUGCCCAUUUUUUUUUUUCACACCCGAUUCCCAGACAGAAGCGGCCGCGCCUACUGCCUGCCACUGUUCCUCCGUGUACUCAGUUCGAAGUUUGAAACAUUGCGAACGUUCACCGGGGUGUUUUUUUUUCCCGUGGAGACUGACCUUUUUUCGUUCGGUUUUCAGAACUACAAGCUCAAGCUGAAGAACGACGACUACAAGAACCAAGACCCCGAUGCCGCGCUCAGGGACUUCAAGCAGAGAGUGAAGGCGUACGAGGCUGUGUACGAGACAAUAGAGGACAACGAAGACAUGGGGGACAUCCAGUACAUCAAGCUCUACAACGUCGGGCAGAAGGUGGUGACGAGGAACUGCAAGGGCUACUUGCCGAGCCAGGUCGCCUUUUACCUGCAGAACAUCCACAUCGGACCGCGAAAGAUCUGGCUGACCAGACCGGCGGAGAGCGUUCUCCCAGACAGCGAAUACGACGUCGGGGAGGGGGGCGAAGAGCUAACGGAGGAGGGGAGGCGGUACAGCAUGACCGUCGCCAAGUACCUUCAAGCGGAGCAGGAAACCUCAAAAAUCACGGGUCCAGGGGCGGAGAUCCUCAUCUUGGCGGGGACCCAGAAAGUCGACCGCGAGUCGAUCGCUCACUUGCAGAUGCUGUAUCCGGUCGCUACGACCCCCCUCCUGAACGAGAUCCACGGGGGAGAGCUCUCCGGCAUGGACCGCGAGAGCUUCCGCAAGCAGUACCCCGAGAUGUGGAAGCAGAGGGAACAGGACAAGCUAGAGUUCAGGUUCCCGGGGGCCGGGGGAGAGUCGUACCAGGACGUGAUCCAGAGAGUGCGGCCAAUCAUCGUAGAACUCGAGCGGCAGCCACGAAGCUUGGUGGUCGUGUGCCACCUGGCCGUGCAGCGGUGCCUCCACGCCUACUUCAUGGGCAUCGAGGUGUCCAAGGUACCGUACAUCGACCUGCCGACGCACGAGCUCACGGAGCUCAUCCCGUCGCCGUUUGGCACGGACUGCCGACAUAUCACCCAGGUCGAGAUGAUGUCGCACUUCUAAAUUUCUUGCUAUAGCUAGUAGUAGGCGGGACGCGACAUCGAUAUGACGUCGCGCUUCCCAGGAGCAUGACGGGCGGAGGCGCGACCGCGGCGGCGGCGGCGGAAGACUUUUUUUUGUUUUUGCGACUAUCAUAGCUCGCUCGCUCGCUGCGUACCACGCCUCUUCUAAGCAGGAUAGAUUUGGUGGUACAGAUGAUGUUGUCGUGGUGCCCAAGAUCGGGUCGAUAUGUAUGUAUCGGCCGACACAGCAAAAUCAUCCAUGGUCGGUCGGGUCUCCGCCCCCCCGCCCCCCGGCUACCCGCACCGGCAAGCGAAUCUGGGCGCGUGGAGUGGUUGUAGCAGCCUGCUACCUUAGUGCUUCCUCACUGAGUCGCGUUGAUUCCUCAUGAUGGUAGCAGGAGUGACGAGGCUGACGGGAUGCGUCGUUCGUUGGCUGCGCGGCAUGCCCUCGCGGCCAUGAGCCGCCCGUACGUGACGACCGAUGGAUCCGGUGCCGCUGCGUAGUUGGUAGACGAUGUCGCAGGCGAGUGAGUGAAACGGUUAUUCUUUGGUCAUCGUCUUGCGGUUGCGAAGCAUUUCCCACUGGUCUUGUCCGUAGUAUAAUAUCAUAGACUGGUAAGAACAACAGCGAUACUUUGGUGCGGAUCGGGGAUUUGAUCGUAUUUUGUGCUCGGAAGCGUUCCAGGCAUUCCGCAAGGCGGAUUUUUUUCUGACACUGCCACCGAAGUUUCAGCAGGGAAUCUUCUCGGGUACAAGGAAGAAGGCAGCAAGUGUGUCGUCAGGAUUUUGGUAAUAUUUGCCGACAAAGCAAACUCGGCUCGUUCGCGCUUAGGUUGUUAUAAUUGACUAUUUUGCUUGUUUUGCCGGGAACGCGCGGAAUCGCUGGCCAGCUCGGGCAUGGUGUUCAUUCCCGUCCGGACGGAUGGAUGCGGUAACAGCGGCAAGCAGUUAGUGGACUGCCCAUUCAUAUGUGUUUUUUUUUAUUCUCGAGUGAAUUUCGAGAGCUUCCCCCGGAU